AUGGAGCAGAGGAAUGGCCGGAGAUUGAUACUUCUCCCACUGCCCCUGCAAGGCCAUAUGAACCCCAUGCUUGAGCUGGCCAACAUUCUAUACUUCAAAGGCUUCUCCAUAACCAUCAUUCACACCAGUUUCAACUCUCUAAACCCUUCAACCCAUCCUCACUUCACAUACCACUUGAUCUCAGAUAACUUAUCUGAGAGCGAGGCUGUUGAAAAGGAUCUCCUCCUCCUCAUUUCCCAUCUCAACAGAAAGUGUUAUGAACCUUUCAGGGAAUGCUUCGCUUCCUUGGUAUCUGAUGCGUCAAAAGAGCCUGUUGCUUGCUUGAUCUCUGACCCUGUAUUUGAUUUCACUCAAUCUGUUGCAGAGAGCCUCAAGAUCCCAAGGAUUAUGUUAAGGACUGGUAGUGCCUCCUUCACUGCUGUUAUAUCUGCAUUUCCACUCUUGCAGGGAAAGGGUUACAUUCCAAAACUAGAUUCUCGACUGGGAGAGCCAGUGACAGAGUUUUCACCUCUCAGAGUUAAAGAUCUUCCAGUGAUCAACAGUUCUGACCCAGAGAGAUUCUUUAAACUAGUACACAACCUGACGUACCAAACCAAAGCAUCAUAUGGGUUUAUUUUCAAUACUUUUGAAGACCUUGAGCAACACGCACUGGCCACACUUCGCAAGGAAUUUCACAUUCCAAUUUUCCCAAUAGGUCCAUUUCACAAGUGUGUCCCAGCAACCACUUCUACAAGUAGAUUCUUGUCACAAGACUGGAGCUGCAUUUCAUGGCUAAACACUCAAGCACAAAAAUCUGUGAUCUAUGUCAGUUUCGGGAGCAUUGCCACAUUAGACGAAGCUCAGUUUUUGGAGAUAGCCUGGGGACUAGCCAACAGCAAGCAACCCUUCUUGUGGGUGGUUCGACCUGGAUCAAUCUCUGGGUCAGAUUGGCUUGAACCAUUACCUAGUGGGUUUCAUGAGACCUUGAAUGGUAGGGGGCACAUUGUUAAAUGGGCACCUCAAAAAGAAGUGCUGGCUCAUCAAUCAGUUGGAGUGUUUUGGACUCAUAGUGGCUGGAAUUCUACAUUGGAGAGUAUUUGUGAGGGGGUUCCUAUGAUCUGUACACCAUUUUUUGGUGAUCAAAUGUUGAAUGCAAGAUAUGCAAGUGAUGUUUGGGAAGUUGGGUUGCACCUAGAGAAUGGAUUGGAGAGAGGCGAAAUUGAAAGAGCAAUUAGAAGUCUCAUGAUGGAGAAAAAAGGGGAUCAGAUGAGAGAUAGGCUGUCAAAGAUAAAGGAGAAGGCAAAUAUAUGCCUGAGACAAGGCGGCUCUUCAUACCAAUCUUUGAAUGACUUAGUUGAUCACAUUUUAUCCUUAGAAUCAUUGGCUCUCAUAAAACAUGAUUGA